AUGGCCGCCUCGCAGGGAGAUACCAUUCCCCGCGAUCCACCUUCGUCUUCCACCGCCUCUGACAACUCGCCAUCAGCAUCUCCCACUCCCCAGACCAGCUCCAACUCCAAUUCCGAUUCUAAUCCCAAUCUGAAAUCGCCUCUCAAACACUCUGCAACGUCCUACUUCACCUAUCCUGUCAGUCACGUUGUAUCCGGCAUCAUUCGUCGUUUGACAGAUCCUCACGCCUCACCACCCAUCCGAUCAUCGUCUCCCUCGCGCAAUGCUUCUAGCAGAAUAGACAAGACAAUGACUUCUCCCCCCGAAUCCACCGCCGUCUACACCCCCAAGCGCACUGCUUCUCCGUUUCAGCCGCCUCCUCUCACGCCCCUGACACUCUCCAACCCUACACCAGGGAAUCUCCAACGACAGCUCCUCACUCGAGCCCUCGCAGAGGAGAUACGCCUGCUCGUCCCGCCCCGGCUCCAGCUCGUGGACACCUGGCGCCUUGCUUACAGCUUGGACCGCGACGGCGCAUCGCUGGCGACCCUCUAUGACAACUGUGAUAAGUUCUCUCACCGUAGCCUGCGGGCAGGCUAUGUGCUAGUCGUGCGCGACUCUUCCCCGGGCGGUGCUGUGUUUGGCGGCUACUUGACGGACAAACCACACCCUUCUCCCCAUUAUUACGGUACGGGCGAGUGCUUCCUCUGGCGUGCCAGCGUGAUUUCCUCCUCUCCUUCCUUCCAUCAUUCUCAGACAGGGGCCCUUGGCGGGCUUGGCAGCGGGCCUGCGUCAGACGGUAAGCUGGACCUUUCUGGGCUUCCGCCACCGCCCAGUGCCGAUACAACGCAUAUGGGCAGGUCGACCACUUUGCGUGGAGAAAAGAAAGGUCGUAAUGGACAGCAGACGGCCAGCACGAACGAGGAUGGCCUCCUAGCUCCUCCGAAUGGCUCGGGCGGGAGCGUCCAGAGCAGUGGUAGGAGCACACCUGAGCCCAUUAGAUUCAAAGCCUUUCCCUAUAGUGGGGUAAACGAUUACAUGAUCUUUUGCGAGACGGGCUUUUUAAGUCUAGGUGGCGGAGACGGCCACUAUGGUCUCUGGCUAGACUCUAGUCUUGAAAAAGGCGUCAGUGCCCCGUCCCAAACAUUUGGAAACGAACCUCUUUCGGACGAAGGUACCAAAUUCGAUAUCCUCGGCGUCGAAGUCUGGUAUAUAGGUGCUUGA